AAAGAGAAACCCGUUUGAAAUUCGCCCAUUCGAGCAUAUUUAUACACGUACUUUGUUGACACUCACUGACAGUUUUGGUAUCGUGCUUCGUGAUUACGAUAAAUUACGAAAUUAAGCCGUCGAUCAGUCAAUGCGGCAUACAUUGGCAUACAUAAUGACUUGAUUAAUUUUAAUUUUAAAUAACGAAUUUACCAUGCACCAUGCGAUGAUGAAGUUGGUGCCAUGUCACUUUAUGGAACGACUUGAGACGAAACGGAUUUAUACUUAUUAAUUGUCGAUUGUAUAUAUCGUAGAAAAAACUUUAAUAAAAAAUUAAUCUCGAUAAAAAUAAUCUUGGAAUUCAAAUGAACAUUAAUUUUACCUGAUAUGUAUAUGGUCGUAAAAAAUAUGGUAAAGCAUUUGUUGGAUUUGCAAUAAUGAGCAUAUAAGUGCUUCCUGCAAAGAUAUAAAGAUCUCAAUUGUUCGAUGAAUUACUUUUCGUGUCCUGUGUCUCCUUCAUAUUAAUCUAAACAUGUUUUCAAUUGUGUACGAUUUGUGGCCAACGGUGAAAAAUAUUAUAGGUAAAAAUACUGUGUUAACAUGUACCUUUAUACAUGUCUCUGUUAAAAUUCAAUAUAUUGACUUGGAUUUUACAUUGUGGCUGACUUGGCUUUUAAUGCCACUCCUUGUAACAUUUCUACUCCCGCUUCUAAUUGUAUUGCUGAUAUAUUCAACUGCCUUAAUAUUAUACAUCUACAAAUGGCACAGGAUUAAAUUAAGAAAUGUCUAUAGUACUCCAUGGCGAGAGGCAGCACUUCAUAUGCUUGCAGCUGUCUAUGAUGCACAUGGUUGGAUCUGGCAUGGAUAUGAAAUUGUGGGCUUAGAGAAUAUUCCACAGAAUAAACCAGUAUUAUUCAUAUUUUAUCACGGAGCUCUCCCAGUGGAUAUGUAUUAUUUUGCAGCCAAAAUAUUUUUAUCUAAUUCGAAAUUAAUUCGUAUGGUAGCAGAUCGAUUUCUCUUCAAGAUUCCUGGUUGGUCCAUAGUGACUGACGUAGUAAAAAUUAUACCCGGAACAGUUCAAUCAUGCUCUGCAAUUUUAAAAGAAGGAAAUAUGCUUGCUAUUGCUCCGGGUGGCGUGUAUGAAGCUCAGUUUGGGGAUUCUAAUUAUGAACUUAUGUGGCAGAAAAGAAUGGGCUUUGCAAAAGUUGCUUUGGAUGCAAAAGUGAGUAUAGUUCCUUUAUUUACGAAAAAUCUCAGAGAAUCGUUUAGAACACUAAUUUGGGGACGAAGAAUAUUGCUGAAAAUAUAUGCCAAAACAAGGCUUCCUAUUGUACCAAUCUAUGGUGGCUUUCCAGUAAAAUUGGUAACAUAUGUAGGCAAGCCUAUUCCAUAUGACAAAAAUCUUACACCCGAAGAGUUGCAGAUAAAGGUUGCCGAUAGUAUUAGAGAUUUGAUAAGAAAACAUCAAAAAGUACCUGGUAGCAUUACAUGGGCUUUGACGGAAAGAAUAUGUAAUACAGAGAAAUGUGAUAAUGUUGACAAAAAGUAAUGUAAAUGAAGCUAUUCUAUUCGAUAGAAAUUUAUAUUAUUUAUAUGAAAUAGAUAAAUAUUUAUAUUUAUUUUAUAUAUUUGUACUUAAAUAUAUUUGAUUAUUAUGAAAAAGAUAGUUUAUUCAUAUUUUUUAAUAGAAAUGUGCAUAAUUCAAUGACAAAUGACACAACGAUUGUAUUAUCAUUAUUAUGUUAAGUAUGAAAGCAUAAAUGUGAUUAUUUUAUAUAUA